GAUACUUGUGAGCGGCCAUCUUGCUACUGUCAGUGACAGAUUCUCCCGUUGGGGUCAGAGGGACGCUAAGACCACCGCCGGGAUCCUUCCUGAUCAUGUUGUCCCGGGUGGUGCUUUCUGCUGCUGCCACAGCGGCCGCCUCUCUGAAGAACGCAGCCGUCCUAGGUCCAGGGGUAUUGCAGGCAACAAGGAUCUUUCACACAGGGCAGCCGAGUCUUGCACCUGUACCACCUCUUCCUGAAUAUGGAGGAAAAGUUCGCUUUGGGCUGAUCCCUGAGGAAUUCUUCCAGUUCCUUUAUCCUAAAACCGGUGUCACAGGACCCUACAUGCUUGGAACUGGGCUUAUCUUGUAUUUUCUGUCCAAAGAAAUAUAUGUGAUCACCGCAGAAACCAUCACUACCAUAUCAACAAUAGGGUUGCUCAUCUAUGGAAUUAAAAAAUAUGGUGCCUCUGUUGGAAAAUUUGCUGAUAAACUCAAUGAGGAAAAAAUUGCCAAACUAGAAGAGGUGAAGCAGGCUUCCAUCAAAAACAUCCAAGAUGCAAUUGAUUUCGAGAAGGCACAGCAGGCACUGGUUGAGAAACGCCAUUACCUUUUUGAUGUUCAGAGGAAUAAUAUCGCAAUGGCCUUGGAGGUUACUUACCGGGAACGGCUGCACAGAGUAUACAAGGAGGUAAAGAAUCGCCUGGAUUAUCAUAUCUCUGUGCAGAAUAUGAUGCGUCGAAAGGAACAAGAGCACAUGAUAAACUGGGUGGAGAAGAACGUGAUGAAGAGUAUCUCUACACAGCAGGAAAAGGAGACAAUUGCCAAGUGCAUUGAAGAGCUAAAGCUGCUGGCAAAGAAGGCUCAGGCACAGCCAGUUAUGUAAAUGUAUCUGUCCCAAUUGAGACAGCUAGAAAUAGUUGACUAAAUGGAAAACAGUCUAUGUGACAAAAUCAUUCUUUGUAUGUUGCUGUCUACUGAAGUUAAACAGUUUUCUUUAACUAAAAAUGAAGUUUGAGUUUGAUAUAUUGAGAGAAUAAAAUACGAUCAUU